UAAUACCCAUCAUGUCAGGAAGAGGCAAAGGAGGCAAAGGACUCGGCAAGGGAGGCGCCAAGCGUCAUCGCAAGGUUUUGAGGGACAACAUCCAGGGCAUCACCAAGCCCGCUAUCCGUCGCCUUGCUCGUCGUGGCGGCGUGAAACGUAUCUCAGGCUUGAUCUACGAGGAGACACGUGGAGUUCUCAAGGUGUUUCUUGAGAAUGUCAUCCGUGAUGCUGUAACCUACACUGAGCAUGCUAAGAGGAAGACCGUGACCGCCAUGGACGUCGUCUACGCUCUCAAGCGCCAAGGACGUACUCUGUACGGUUUCGGCGGUUAAACUCCUAUUUUGAUUUACUGUUUCGGCACUUAACCCAAAGGCUCUUUUAAGAGCCACCCACACUUUCAGUAAAGAGUAAUCCAUACCGAAUUCAGUGUUGAAAACGAUACAUUGUUCCCUCAGUUUAUCUAGUCGCCU